GCUGUGGGUGUAAGGGCGCAGUGCUCAGCCUGGCAGUUGAUCUCCCCGUGGCAUGGCAUUCAGGGGGCCUGAACCCUGGGUCUUGGCAUCCCUGCUGAGCCGGAGACUGAAGGCGGAGGAGAAGACCCUGGAUCUAGAGUUCGAAGUUUUGAGCGUGGGGUUUAAUGAGGGGGGUAGAUAUGUCCUGAGACUGUCAGCUGAGAACCCCUUGCAGGCAGGCUCUGGGGCUGGGGUGCAGUUGCAAGUGAAUGAUGGUGAUCCCCUCCAUGCCUGCUCUGUUGUCACUGAUGUCAUUGAGCAGCAGGAGCCUGGCCAGAGCCUCACCCUCACCAGGAACAAGUUUAUCUUUACUCUGCCCAAAGGUUUCUGCAAGAAUGAUGGGCAGCAUGACGCUCAGCUGCGCGUGGAGGCACUGAGGCUGGACGAACCCUCAGGACGGACGACCCAGCGGGUGGGUGAGGCCAUCUUCCCCAUCUACCCGAGGCCAGACCAACCCCGCAUGAACCCGGAGGCUCGGGACCACGAGGACCUGUACCGCUACUGUGGCAACCUGGCCCUGCUCCGGGCCAGUGCGGACCCCACAGCCCGCCACUGUGGAGGCCUGGCCUACAGUGUGGCCUUCCACGUGCACCGGGACCCUCAGCCCCCAACCUCAGACAGCACUCCGGGGGCUGGCCAGCCAGAACUGAUGUCACCAUGCCCAGAGCCCCAGCUCCCCAGGCUGCAGGUGGGUGCUUCCCGUGUCCUAGUUCAGAUUUGGGCUCACUGGGCACAAGACCCAGCCUCUGUCAUAAGCCAGGCUGGCCCCUGUCCCGAGCUGAGCAGAGCAGCAGAGGAGCUCCCAAGGCUGCCACAUUCAGUCUGGGAAACAUGCAGUCUGCAAAUGGACACGAGAGUCUCAGUUUGA